CUAUGGUUCAGUACACCACUGUGAACAUCGCCUCGGAGGCCCCCAGGGACCAUGUCAUCUGGUCAAUCUUCAACUUUUUCCACUUGAAUCCCUUCUGCCUCGGACUGGCGGCUCUCAUCUUCUCUAUCAAGGCCAGAGACCGGAAGAUGGCUGGAGACAUGUCUGGUGCCCGACACUACGGCUCCACUGCCCGCUGCCUCAACAUCUGGGCCACAGUCCUGGUUUGCCUCAUCGUCCUUAUUUGCAUCAUUGCUGGCAUCGCCAUAGCCGUAGAAGCGAAUCGCAGUUACAGUUAUUACGCGAGAAAUAAUUACUACUACCAUGGCUAAAUUUCAAAUGGUGUUCAGAGUUGCCUGCUGCUGUGGUGACUCUUAGUGACUGUUGUGGUUCUGUGCUUUACACUUAACGGUGCAAUUUGUAACCUGUUGUACCUUUUUUACUUAUAUCCUCAAGCAAAACAGAUACUUUUUUCCAUUUGUGUUACAAAAGCCUUAAACUCAACCAUGUUUGUAGUAGUAUCUGUAGUUCACAUCUAUGCCGGACUGUUAUUAGAUUGUGACUUCCUGUCUGUAAGGCAUUUGUUUUAGCAAUGGUUCUGAAAAAAGAUAACUUUUUAAUCUGUUAAUAAAGACGUCUGUUUAAUAAC